GAACUGUUGGGAAUAUGGGCGUUGCAUGUGAACGAUGCCGUUUGUGCGGCAGUAAAUCACAAAUUUCGGAUGAUCCUAUAUGGAUGUAAAAAUGGUGAUAUUGCUGCAUUUCAUCUGGAUGAUACAAAUGGUUCAUUAAUUUGCACAUAUCGUGUUUCAUUGCAAGUCAAAGAUGGACCAGAAUUGCUAAAUCGGAUGAGUGAAGUACGCCAUGUGGAAUGUUAUGCGCAAGGUACAGCAAUCGCAGCAGUCUGGUCCCCUCUGCUCUGCGAUGAAGGACGAUCGCCAGAUAGCACCGAUACCGUGCCAAUUGUUGCAAUAUUUAGUUCAUUUGGUGCACAUUUAUGGCUAGCUGCUGAUACUGGUCUUUACGUGUUACCUCUCGCGCAUUCGAUCAAUUCGAGCACCUUUGAAAGCACAGACAGAAUUGUCUUUUUAUCAGAUAAUCAAAUCUAUUUGAGUGCAGCAAAAGAACGUGAGCAAAGUGUCAGCGCACCACACAGUAUCUGGCAUUUAGUGGAAGUAGACGAGCGUGGUCAAUGGCUUGUGGUUGCGGGUGCUCGUGGUUUCAUUCAUUACAAUCUGAUUGCUGGUAAAUGGCGCAUGUUCGGCAACGAAUCACAGGUUUGUUGCUUUCAUUCUUUGUUCCAAAAAAUUACUUUUACUUCCUCUACAAUUUAGGA